AUGCCCGUGAAGAAACGUAAAGCGUCUGACUCGCCUCUCCCAGAUGGAACACGCCGGCAGAGCGGGUCUUCCUGGACGUCGUCGCGUUCACAGCCAGACCUGAGACGACCACACCCCAACGCACAGCAGGCAGAGGACUUUGGAAUCGUCUUACGUGACUUCUACCCUCCUGAAAUGAACAAUGAACGCUGCUACGCUUACAACGAAGGGAUACUGGAGCGGCCUAUUGAAACAUUGCAGCGGGCGCACAGGGAGACUGCUGGGCAAUGCAAGAACGUCCAACCAGGCAAGGCCGUGGUGCAUUGGUUUAAAUCAGAUCUUCGCCUUCAAGACAAUCGCUCACUGCAUAAAGCGUACAGCCUUGCUCGAAACUAUGACAUUCCGCUCAUCUGCAUUUACAUAUUCUCACCAGAAGACUUGACCGCACACUUAUGCAGCCGGCCCCGAGUCGACCUCAUCCUACGAACACUCGCAAUCCUGAAAUCAGACUUGGAAAAGCAGGAUAUCCCGUUAUAUAUGGAGACCCAAGAAAAGAGAAAAGACAUUCCCAAACGCAUAGUUGAGUUGUGUAAGCAGUGGGGUGCAAACCAAAUUUUUACCAAUCUAGAGUACGAGGUGGACGAGCUGCGUCGUGAGGCGAAGAUCGUUCGGUUAUGCGCCAGACAGGGCAUUAUAUUUGAUACGGAGGAUGACACCUGUGUUGUUGCUCCGGGUGAUUUGUCUACGCAGCAGGGCAAACAAUACGCUGUAUAUACCCCGUGGUAUCGGUCCUGGGUGGCCUUUCUUAUGGAACAUCCAGAAAAUUUGGAGCUGGUUGAUGCGCCGACCCGCAAUGCGGGCGAUGCACGGAAACAUUUCGAAGAGCUAUUUCAUAGUCAAGUCCCAGAAGCCCCAACAUAUAUGCAACUAUCUGAUUCGGAGAGUCAGCGUUUUAGGGAAAUGUACCCCGCAGGUGAGCAUGAAGCAGAUCGGCGACUUAAAGAAUUCUUAGCGAAGAGAGGGAACCAAUAUCACGAAAAUAGGGACUUCAUGUCGAGCCAGACCACCUCCGUCUUAAGCCCGUACUUCAGUUGUGGCUCCUUGAGUGCCCGAGCCGCAAUUUGCAUGGCGCAGGAGGCAAACGUUCAUUGGCCAUAUAUCUGCAUGAAUAAGUGUUUAAACCCGGAAUUCACAAAUCUAGAAUGGGAGUAUGACUUAGCCCAGUUCAAUGCAUGGUGUGAAGGCAAGACUGGCUUUCCCAUUGUCGAUGCCGCAAUGCGUCAGCUCAAGCACAGUGCCUGGAUGCACAACCGUACGCGAAUGAUAGUAUCCUCAUUCUUAUCCAAGGACCUGCUUAUUGAUUGGCGGCUUGGAGAACAAUUCUUUAUGAAACAUUUGAUCGAUGGAGACUUUGCGUCAAAUCAUGGUGGCUGGGGGUUCGGCUCGAGCACAGGGGUAGACCCCCAACCAUAUUUUCGCAUAUUUAAUCCGUUACGCCAAAGUGAGAGAUUUGACCCAAACGGCGAUUAUAUUCGCCACUGGGUGCCUGAGCUGCGAAAUAUAGAGGGUUCAGCGAUACACGACCCUUACGGGCGGGGUGCUAGGGAAACAGCAGAGAAGAAUGGAUACCCAAGACCGAUUGUGAAUCACUCAGAGAGUAGGAGCAAAGCGUUGGAAAGGUACAAGAAGGCCUCACAUGUACGCGUUAUUCCCAUACAGACCGGCAGUGACAGCUUCAAUAUUGCCCUCCUGGCCAGUUCGACCUACACACUUGCUUCAUCCUUUGGAGAUUCCUAG